AUGUCCUUCAGUCAAUCUCUUCGCCGUAACCAGGGUACACCCCUGUUCCAUCUUCGCAACUUUUCACCCAGGGACCUGCAUCGUGUUAACCUCCCAGCACAGCGUACCCUCCGCAAUGCAUACAGCAUUGCACAUAGCACACGCCGAACAAAUGGCACCCAAAAACCCACUCAAUCAUCGGCAUCUCUCCACUCGACCCGCUCAUCACCAAGAUCCCAAAUUCACGCAGCUUCGCAGCCAGCAUUAGCAUCCACUGUCCGCACCUUCUCGCUAAACGCGACGAGCGGCAAAUCCCCAGCGGACCUCCUCGUCGAAGAGCUCCAGGAGCUGUACGAGGUAGCCAAGGACGAAUUCGAGAUCGCGACCGAUAGCACAGAGGCAGGAACUAUCUACGCAGCGUCGGACCGCGAGUCGGCACGCGAUGCGCUCCGCCAGCUCACGGCUGUGUAUAACCUGUACACCACUGGUGAUACGCAAGAACAUGUGACGGAUGGACAGGCGAAUGCGGAGGGAGGCGGGGAGGGAGGCCCGCCUAUUGAGACGAUGCAUGAUCCUGCGGAGGUUUCGCAGGCUGUCAGGGAUGAGGUGAAGAAGAGGGUUGCGCAGCGGGUUAGGGAGUUGGUUAAUGCUGUGGAGGUGUUGGAGGAAAAGGCGAAGGCGGAUUGA